AUGAAGAACUUUGCUGUUACGUUUGUGAAGAUGCAGAAGUGGAACGAAGCAGAUGAAGAUGAAGAUGAAGCGUAUUCAAUGGGUUUUCAUAUAGAAGAGGAACAACAAGUUGAAGAUGAUUAUAUUGAAUAUACCUGCCCUAUACGUAAGAGGAAAAAAAUUCUAAGUGGCACAUCUCAUUUAAAACGACAUUUGUUAAAGUGUCCAAAAAGACCAGAGGGCUUACCAAUUGGGGAUGGGGGUGAUGAGGAAUAUGGGAAUGCUUUUGCUUUUGAUAUGAAUGUGUUAAAAAACAAUAUUUUGUUCUAUGUUGUGGAAGGCAACCACCCUUUGUCAACUAUUGAUGAAAAAGGGUUUAGGCGCAUGUUAUAUAGUGCAACCCCUAAAUUUGUUCCGUUUGGUCGAGCCACAUUGACUAGGAAUCUUUUUGCCUACUACUAUUCGGAGAGGGAGAGUUUUAAAAAGGCUUUACUUGAGGCAACCGGUCAUAUUUGUUUGACUACUGAUAAUUGGAAAGCAUCACACUCAAAGCAACAUUAUAUUUGUGUAACUGCACAUUUUGUAGAUAAAGACUAG